AUGUCGCACCAGACCCCUCUGGGCUCCUCAGUGCCACACGCCAGCUGCCUAGACCUGUGGAGGGAAAAGAAUGACCAGCUAGUUCGACAGGCCAAGGUGGCUCAGGACUCGCGUCUAUCUCUGAGGCGACAGCAGUUGGCUCAAGAUGCACUGGAAGGGUUCAGGGGACUCCUCCAUAGUCUGCGGGGGCUCCCUGCGGCUGUUCCUGUUCUCCCCUUGGAAUUGACUAUUACCUGCAAUUUCAUUACCCUGAGGGCAAGCCUGGCCCAGGGUUUCACUGAGGACCAGGCACAGGAUAUUCAACAGGGCUUGGAGAGAGUGCUGGAGACCCAGGAGCAGCUGGGGCCCAGACUGGAAUGUGGGCUCAGGGGGCUGUGGGACUCUGUUCUCCAUUAUUCCUCCCUUCUGCUGGAGCUGCUGCCUGCCCUUCACCACCUGGCUGGCCUGCAGGCUGCCCUCUGGCUAAGCACUGACUGUCUUGGGGACUUGACCUUCCUGCUGCAGACCUUGAAUGGCAACCAGAGUGAGGCCUCUGAGAAUCUGCUGCGGCUUCUGAAAAUUUGGAGCCCCCCAGCUGAGGAGACAAAUGCUCCAUUGACCCUGCAGGAUGCCCGGGGCUUAAGGGAUGUCCUUCUUACUGCUUCUGCCUUUCGCCAAGGCCUCCAGGAGCUGAUCACAGGAAGUCUGCCCAGGGCACUGAGCAGCCUGCAAGAAGCAGCCUCAGGUCUGUGCCCACGGCCUGUGUUGGUCCAGGUGUACACGGCUCUGGGGACCUGUCUCCGUAAAAUGGGCAAUCCACAAAGAGCUCUGCUGUACUUGGUUGCAGCCCUGAAAGGGGGAUCAACCUGGGGUCCCCCGCUUCUGGAGGCCUCCAGGCUGUAUCAGCAACUGGGGAACACGGCAGCAGAGCUGGAGAGUCUGGAGCUGUUGGUUGAGGCCUUGAAUGUCACUCACAGUUCUGAAGCCCCCCAGCUUCUCAUUGAAGUAGAGUUAUUACUCCCCAGACUUCACCCAGCCUCACCCCUUCAUUGUGGCACACAGAGCCAGGCCAAGUACUUGCUAGCAAGCCGAUGCUUACAGGUGGGAAGGGCAGAGGACGCUGCAGAGCAUUACUUGGACCUGCUGGCUCUGGUGCUGGAUGGCCUGGAGUCAAAGUUCUCCCCGCCCCCUUCCCCCGCAGGGCCUUGUAUACCUGAGGUCUUCUUAGAGGCAGCAGCAGCACUGAUCCAGGCAGGCCGAGCCCAGGAUGCCUUGACUGUAUGUGAGGAGCUGCUCAGCCGCACGUCAUCUUUGCUUCCCAAGAUGCCCCAGCUGUGGGAAGAUGCCAGAAAAGGAACCAAGGAGUCACCACACUGCCCAUCCUGGGUCUCUGCCACCUACCUGCUUCAGGGUCAAGCCUGGGUGCAGCUGGGGGCCCAAAAAGAGGCGAUUAGUGAAUUUAGCCGGUGCCUUGAGCUGCUCUUCCGGGCCACUCCUAAGGACAAAGAACGAGGGCCUGCUUCCAAUGGUGAGAAGGGUUGUGUAUCAGAUAUGACACUACAACAGCUUCGGGCAGCUGCCCUGAUUAGUCGUGGACUUCAGUGGGUGGCCAGUGGCCAAGAUACCAAAGCCCUACAGGACUUCCUCCUCAGUGUACAAAUGUGCCCAGGUAAUCAAGAUGCUUCCUUUCACCUGCUUCAGACUCUGAGGAGGAUGGAUCGGAGGGAUGAGGCCACUGCUCUCUGGUGGAGGCUAGAGGCCCAAACUAAGUUGCCACAGGAGAAUGCUGCAUGGUCUCUCCCCCUGUACCUAGAAACCUAUUUGGGCUGGAUUCGUUUCCCUGACCGUGAAACUCUUCUUGAGGAGUUUGAGACAUCUCUGCCGGAGCCUUGUGAUCUGUAGCUGCCACAUUUUAAAGAGUCUGAGCUGGGGCUCCAGUGGCCCAUUUCUCUGGGGGAGGGGUUUUCUGCUUUACCAUUCUUGGGGGAUGUGGGUGAAACUAAUCAUUCCUAUAUAAGUCUGGCAUUGGAGAAGUUGGUAGUAGUUCUGCAAAAUUUGGCCUAGUUACUGCCAUUCUGGUUCCAGAGGAAGCCCACUUGCACCAUAAAGGCAUUAACUUUGCUUAUGACACCUUUUUUCCUGUUUUCCUUUUAAUUGUGUUGAGUAAAAUUUCAUAUUUAUCUC